AUGGCUGUUUACUCCUUGUACAACGAGCUCCUUUGCGACCGAGUCGUGAGCCUUUCCCCCGGGGCGACGGCGGUGAGAUCAUGGCGGAAGAAGGAAGGCGGGUUCAAUCGCAUCUUCAUCAUGAACUUGGAUUCGGGAUCCAAACUGGUCGCAGAGAUUCCGUAUCCGGGUGUUGGUCUGCCGCAAAGACGAGCCACUGUAUCCGAGGUGGCCACUAAUCCAGUGGAGUGCGAGUACAUUAUCAUGACAGAAGCUCGCGGAGUCCUGCUCAGUGGUAAAUGGCCGCAGAUGACAGGGCCGCAGAGGGUGGGUUGCAUCAGUCCGAUUUUCCAAAACGUGAAGCAGCUUCAGGAUCUCGAGUUUCCUGCUUACGGGAGCCUAUAUUUCCACGAGGAAAUCUCUCUGAUAUCGACGAAGAAGUUCGACCUCGAUUGUGGGAUUUGUCUCUCACAAUACUGCGGUAUCGGAUAUUGGGACAGCGACAGUACCAGCCGUGCGCCCAUUCAUCGCGGUCCAUGGAGAGACUUGCAGGGAUUUGCGGACAGUCUGGUCGAUGUGGGCAUUGCACGUGUCCCCACUGAACUUCCUACAAUUGCAUCCGGCCCUCCCUACCAGGGCUUACCCCAAGAGCACCGUGACAUGCUCACCACGGCUCUCUCCAUCUUUCAGGCGAUAUCGACAAGCCCGAGUGUACAGAAAGCCUCAAAACCGCUCCUAUACCACCCCGAUCUCCACGCUCGCAACAUCUUCGUAUCCGAGCAUACCCCGACCCUCCAGGGCACCAGCGUAGAGCCAGCCUUCUGGCACGCCGACGUAACACCCGACUUCGCGCAUCCGAACGACGAGACAUCUGCCAAGACAUGUGCAGUAUACAUCGCCGUCUUAAUCCCCAAACUUGCGGCAGCGCAGCGCGUGGACGAGAACAUUUUCCGACCCUACCAAUACUGUUUUCGCACGUGGAAAGAUGGCAUCCCGGCUUAUCGACACGAACUGGCCGAGACGUGGGAGUGUUGGAACGAAAUGAAUGAAUUACGAGGAGUCGAUCGACCCCAGCAGCAGCAACAGACGGAUGUCAAAUUCAUCAUCACCCAAGACAAGAGAGCAUACGAUUUAUUCGUCACCGCUCAGAUGAUGAAAACGGAUUUUGCGAAUCUGUUGAACUGCGAGACGGAUGGAUGGGUGCGAGCGGAAACAUAUGAGGCGACGAAAAAAAAAAGAUACCACGAUAAGCUAUUUCACGGCGCGUUACACGCUGUGCUCGACGAUGCCAAUGAUUCCGAGGAGACGACCAAGAAUGAAGAGACGACUUUUCGAGCGCUUUGGCCGUUUUGAAUCGAAUGCAUAAAAACCGAAAUGUUAUAGCUGAAUGCGUGAUAAAUUGAUUUGUCCGCCUAUCUAAAGAGA